UAUUAUCAAUUUGAUUAUGAAACAAUUUCAUUGAAAUUGUGAUUGUUUUAUUGUCCAGUGACGGAUUACAUUGUUCUGACAUAAAUUAAGAUGUUCUAGUCAAAAUUAUCAUAAUUUACAUUAUAAAUUUUUUGUGCCGAAAUUUACAAUGUCGCUGUUGAAAAUUCUUUCAAAUGUAUUACCAAAGACCUCGCUUCAAUCGCGUUGCUAUAUGGCUUCACUGUCCAACAUUAAAGUCACAUUAUGCGGCGCAGGAGGGCAAAUUGGGCAACCUUUGAGUCUACUGUUGAAACAAUCACCAUUUGUCGAUGAACUUGCUCUUUACGAUUCGCAGGAGAUUAACAGCCUUGCAAUGGAGUUGGGUCAUGUGGACACCAAAUGCGUUGUUAAUUCAUACUGCGCAAAUAACUUUGCUGAAGCAUUUGAUAAAGCGAAUGUUGUAGUCAUUGUGUCGGGAUUACACGCAGUUGGAAAAAAAGCUUCAGAACGCGUGUUUCCCAAAAACGCCGUUAUUGUACAACAGAUAAUUUCGCAUGUUGCAAAAAUGUGCCCCCAAGCGUUGAUUGCAAUUGGAACAAAUCCAAUUGAAGGUCUUGUGCCGGUUGUUUCAGAGCGACUAAAAUUUGCAGGGGUUUACAAUCCAAAUCAUAUUUUUGGUAUUACAACGUUAAAUGUUAUUCGCGCAAACACAUUUGCUGCAAACAUUUUAGGGCUAGAACCAGAAUGCGUAUUGGUACCGGUUGUGGGUGGAAAUGUUGAUGGCACCAUAGUUCCCAUUUUAAGUCAAGCUUUACCUUGCAGCGAGUUCACAGAUAUUGAAAUUGAAAAUAUUACGAAAAGUUUGCAAACUGCACAUUAUGUGAUUGAGAAGCUUCGUAACACUCAGGGCCCAACACUAGCUAAUGCAUUUGCAAUUGCCAGAUUUGUUGUAUCCUUAAUUAAAGGACUCAAAGGUCAGCCCAAUAUAUUGGAGUACUCCUUUAUUCGCACAAACUGCAUUGGAGAUUUAAAAUAUUUUGGGGUGCCAAUUUACCUUGGAAAAGAUGGUAUUGCAAAAGAUAUGGCGCUUCCGACUUUAUCCAAUUACGAACAAUGUCUGAUUGAUGAAGCGAAGCCAAUAAUAGAUUAUUGGAUUAAGAAAGGCAAUGAAUUUGUAGGUAAAAUUGAUAUGACUUUGUGCGAUCCAUGCGUGCGAAACCAAAAAAUAACAUGUAAAUCAGAUUAUGUCCCUUGCAAAAACAAAUUUAAGGCUUAAAAAUAAAUAAAAGUUUAAGAGCGCAGACAAAA